UCCGGCGGUCCCUGAAUGCAUCACCGCAGCCCCUUUUCGCCCAGCUGUUUCUGUCUGCGCGCGCCCGGCUGGAGCGCGCUUUAGUAAAGUUUAGCUAAAGUUCGGUGGUACCGGUUUACCGGUUCGGGUAAACACGGCGGCUUCAGGGGUGAAGGCGCUGCUGCGGCGGACUGUCGCGCGGCGGUUUGGCGCGUGGAGAGGUUUCCAUGUAGGAACUCCGUCAGCGACGUUCGACCUAAGAAAGGUCGAACUGAUGCCUCUGGAGCAGAGAAAACUGACCUUUGACUCCCACGCCAUGGUGACGGAGCUGGAGAAGAGCGGUUUGGAGAAGCAUCAGGCGGAGCUGAUUGUCUCAGCUUUGGUGACGUUGACCACGGCCAACAUGGACAUCGUCUAUAAAGACAUGGUGACCAAAUCCCACCAGGAGAUUGCGGUGCAGCAGAUCAUGGCUCACCUGGACUCCAUCAGGAAGGACAUGGUGAUCCUGGAGAAGAGCGAGUUCGCCAACCUGCGCUCUGAGAACAUGAAAAUGAAGCGAGAGUUGGAGCAGCUGCUGAACCGGCUGAAGGAGGAGAGCCAGAAGGUCCGAGCAGAAACCAAACUAGACAUCAACCUGGAGAGAAGCCGCAUCUCUGACAUGUUCACUGAUCAGGAGAAGAAGCUGAUGGAAGCUACGUCAGAGUUUCGUCACCAGAAAGCCGACCUGGAAAACGACAACAUGGAGAUCAAUAAGAAGAUCGACCUGCAGGUGGCGUCACUAAAAACGGUGCUGGAGUCCCUGAAGCUGGAGACGGUCCGAUACCUGGCAGCCACCGUCUUCUCCUGCCUGGCCAUCGCUUUGGGAGUCUACCGGUUCUGGAGGUGACGGAUCAACAUCAGAACCGGGUUGCUUUGUUUCUGCAGCCUGAUGCAUCAAAGAACCUUUGUUUUGUAGAAAUGUGUGGUGUCGCCGCUCUAGUGGCAGAGGGGUGUCAGAACACCCUUCUGCCACUAGAACAGUUUUUUGACGACGAUGAAAGCUUUGCUUCAUC